UUUGGGCGUUCUCCUGUAAACUGCGUGGCGAUGUGUGGGGACUGUGUGGAGAAGGAGUACCCCAAUCGGGGGAGCACGUGUCUGGAGAAUGGAUCAUUCUUACUGAUCUUUGCAGGCUGUGCCGUGUGCAGUAAGCGGGAUUUUAUGUUGAUCACAAACAGAUCCCUGAAAGAGGAAGACGGAGAAGAAAUAGUUACCUAUGACCAUCUGUGUAAGAAUUGUCAUCAUGUAGUAGCCAGACAUGAGUAUACAUUCAGUAUCAUGGAUGAGUUUCAGGAGUAUACUAUGCUAUGUCUAUUGUGCGGCAGAGCUGAAGAUACUAUCAGUAUUCUUCCUGAUGACCCCCGACAAAUGACUCUGUUGUUCUAAGCCUCCUGCAGUUCUGGUGUAACUAUGUUGGGUUGGUUUAAAAUAUAGCAAGCCGAAUGGUUUGUCUGAUAAU